UCAGACCUGCUUCGCCAUGAAGUCCAUCGGCCUCUGCCUGGUUGCGCUCCUUGCCUUCUGGGGUGAGCUGGCUCCUGUGUCUGGUCAGAUGCCUCUAGGGAAGCCUGGCACCUGUCCUACUCUGAUCCAAAACAAUGACACCCAGUGUGGCCAGUUCUGCUCCACAGAUGACAGCUGUCCAGGGAGCGAGCGCUGCUGCCAGACUGCCUGUGGGCAUCAGUGCAUGCUCCCACGUGAGGACCAGCCCGGCUCCUGCCCCAGGCUGAGCCCCCAGCCAGACCAGGCUGCGAACUGCUCAACGACUUGCAACAACGACCAGGACUGUGGCUCAGGACUCUACUUGCCAAUCCAGAAGUGCUGCAGCAACGGGUGUGGACAGACUUGCCAGGUGGCUGAAGAAGAGCACCCUGGCGUGUGCCCCAAAGUGGAACUGGUGCGCACCUUUGCCCCCUGCAAUGACACCUGCAGAGACGACCGAGACUGCCCUCUCACCCAGAAGUGCUGCUUCACCGGGUGCAGCCGGGGCUGCCUGGACUCAGUUCACAGUGACAGAUGCCAGUUGCUGCCUGAAGAUGGAAUAUGCAGCGCACACUUGAUACGUUACUACUACAACCCGUCACAGAAGAAGUGCAACCAGUUCAUCUACGGUGGCUGCUCGGGCAACCGCAACAUGUUUGAGACAAAGGAGGCCUGCGAGGAAGCCUGCGGGAAAAUCAGCCCAGAGGUCUGCAAGCUGCCAAAGGACCCUGGCCCAUGUCUGGGUUAUUCACAAUUUUACUACUACAACUCAGCCACCAGGAAGUGCGAGAUAUUCGUCUAUGGGCUCUGCGGGGGGAAUGGAAAUCGGUUUCGUACCAUGCUGGAGUGCAUGAUGGUCUGCGGGAACUUAGAAAACCCCACUAAGGAGGACUGAGUCCCUCAACGUGAUCACCUUGUCUGAGAAGAGCCCAACCCCAGAGCAGACAUCAGUGUGUUGCCAUGCCCCCCUCCUUCUAUCUCUGGGGAGGCUGAUGUGGGAUCAUCUAACCCCAAAUAAAACCUGAGCUUUCUGGCA